GUGUUCUUCUUACAAACUGUUCUUUCCAGUUGCACAGCCUUUGGUGGCUUCCUGAUCCUCUCUGAUUCCCAUACCUCUACUUCAGCCUCUACCCCAGCAUUGCAUCUCUAUGCUCUGUGCAGCACACACCUCUGUCCCUGCCUCCUAAGUGUCCCUGCUAAGUGCUGAGAGGAAUCACUUGUGAUCAUUGCUACUGUACGUCUCCCUCAGCACGUUUUUAUCAAUGGACUGGAUGACAGAGAAUAGCACCUGGCUCAGCAAGUGCUCCAUGUGUGUAAUAGUCAUCCUGACAGCCUGGGGACCCUUCUCCCUGCACCUGGAAUUAUGAAUGGGUGACCUGCAGGAGCAUACCGGGGGCUACAGGUCACAAGAGCCGAAAAUGCCGAUGGACAAAAAUGUGUCUGUGCUCUUCAACUGCUCGUACACAUCAUCGCUGACGAGAAGAGAUGGGAAUAAGACGGCAGAGAUAGCUCCUCAGCAGGUGGUGGUUGGGAUGCUACUGACUGUUAUCGACCUGGUCACCUUCUUGGGAAAUACAGUGGUCUUCAUCUGCCCCGUGGUGGAAAAGAGACUGAGGACUGUAACGUACAUGUUUAUCAUGUCACUGGCUAUGGCGGAUCUCCUGGUGGCUUGCCUGGUUAUGCCUUUUAGUAUAAUCUAUGAAGUCACCGGGAUGUGGCUGUUUGGAAAACAGUUCUGCAAGGUCUGGAUCUCUUUUGAUGUACUGUUCUGCACGGCCUCCAUUGUCACCCUGUGCUUUAUCAGCCUGGACAGAUACUGCUCAGUGGUCACUCCCUACCACUACUCUAAGAGGAUGUCACGUCACAGAUGUAUCAUUAUGACGGUGACGAUAUGGGUCUACUCCUCUCUGAUCUCCUUCCUACCGGUCAUGCAAGGCUGGAAUGAAAUACCGGGGAUUGACUUUGAUAAUGGGAAAGAAUGCAUCUUUGUGACCAACUGGACCUUCGCCAUAGUGGCCUCCUCCUUAGCCUUCUAUAUCCCAUUCAUGAUCAUGUGCAGUAUGUAUUUCUUCAUCUACAGAGCUUCCAGAUUAAAAGCCACCCGCAUCGUGUCUCAGACGCUGGAUCUCCAUUACCACCCAAACAGCAAGCGCCAGAACAACUUGCAACUAGAGAAUAAGGCUACCAGGACCAUGAGCAUAAUCAUCUCGGUAUUUGUCAUGUGCUGGCUGCCGUACUUUGUCCUGAAUGUUUGGAUAGCAGCCAAGGGCACAAGCUCCACCAGCCCCGUUCUGGUGAACACCUUCAAGUUCAUUACAUGGUUGGGGUAUUGUAAUUCCACCAUCAACCCCAUGUUGUAUGCUUUCCUGAACCGGGACUUCCAGAGGGCUCUAAAAAAAAUAUUUAUUUGUAGACGCUGGAGGUCUCAGGUGGACAUCGGAGAUGACAUGGUGUCCAUCGUCACCUUCUCAAAGACAGCUCAAGACGCAGAGUACAACAUUAAACUCCCAAUGUCUAAUGGUGGGAUAAAGAGCAAACAAGCUAUAAAAUGUACAAAUACAUUACACUACUAGCCAACGGAUUAUUGAAUGCAGGGAUGACCCACUUAUAGGCUAUGGUAGGUGCCUGAACCAAGGGUAGAUAAUGGAUGCAGUCUAAUGUAGCCCAUACACUUGUGAGAUACGGCAUACAAUCCUUCGAUUUCGGCCGCUCGAAUAUCGCGUCUCAUGAUAGUAUGUGCUGCACUUAAUAUUUAUCGCAUCGCAGUGCGAUCGCAUGUGUUUUUAAAAACACAUGCAAUAUAUCGGACUACGAUUCGUGAUGGGCACCCGCCGGCAGCAGCCAGAGGCCGCUCCCAAAUGGCGGUGACGUGCCCAUCACAUGAUUACCAUGCGAUCUAUUGCAUGAUCGCAUGGUAAUGACUUUGGCAGUUCAGGUGCGAUGUCCCGCAAUGUCGCGGGGCAUCGCACAAGUGUAUGGGCACCAUAAGAUCUGCAUUGGUUGUUGUUGUGGUGGUGGUGGUGGUGGUGGGAUAUACUGACUUUCUAUAUCUAUGAUUCAUUAAUGUUCCAAAUAGGUGCAACUGGUCGGUAAAUAAAGACCAUGCUAUGCCAAAGCCAUAUUUGGGAAAUUAUUCAUAAAUACAUGAAUUUUUUUUUUUUUUAUGGAAUUCACUGAUAAACAAAUGAACAGAAAUACCUUCAUCAAUCACAGAGCAGAACUGUUUCCACUUUGAAGCCUCAUCCGCAAUCUUCAUAUUCUUCCACUUUAAACUUAAAGCACUUCGAAUCUUGUUGGCGGCACAUAAAAGGCUUGGCCACUCGCAUUCUGUUCAAAGACAUUUUAUUUGAAUCUUACAAGAAUGUUGUUCUCUCUCUUAUUAUUAAAAAAAUGGAAAUAUAA